GCAUUGACUUCAAGAUCCGAACCAUUGAGUUGGACGGAAAGAAGAUCAAGCUCCAAAUAUGGGACACAGCUGGCCAGGAGCGCUUCAGGACUAUAACCACAGCCUACUACCGAGGGGCUAUGGGCAUCAUGCUGGUCUACGACAUCACAAACGAGAAGAGUUUUGAUAAUAUCAAAAACUGGAUAAGGAACAUUGAAGAGCAUGCAUCAGCAGAUGUAGAGAAAAUGGUCCUUGGCAAUAAAUGUGAUAUGAAUGACAAGAGACAAGUAUCUCGAGAACGAGGAGAGCAACUGGCCAUAGAGUAUGGGAUAAAAUUCAUGGAGACGUCAGCCAAGGCUUCCAUUAAUGUUGAAGACGCUUUUUUCACCCUUGCUCGUGAUAUUAAGGCCAAGAUGGAGAAGAAAUUGCCCGUGGCCGCUUCUUCCCCCACCCCUCCCAUGGGCUCUCUUGCUCACUAGGGGUUGGACGGCCGAAAAGUCUGAGCAGAAGUGUGCUUUUCCUGUGAUUGUUGCGGACUAAUUAAGGAUGGACAGUGUGGGCAUGACUGUCUGAGGGAAGGGAUUAUUACCUGCUGACAGGCCCUGCUGUUUAGCAUCAUGUGUUGAAUAUGCUCAGAUUUUGUGGGAUGAAGUGUAACUCAAGGAGUUGGCAGAGUAGGAUGUAGGAUGUCAAAAAAAAAGGUUUAUACAGAGCAGGGUAAGGUUAUAUUGCAUCAUAAUAUGUCAAAGAUUUAUGUUUUGCUACUUUGUAGAGCGACCAAAAAGUAGAGUAAAUUCCCACGUUGCCACAAUAUAUUAAGUCUGUCUCUUGAACAGUUAAUGUGUCAGCAUCUAUUCUUUCUAUGCAUCUGUGAUUUGUAAACUUGCCCAUGUAUGUUACAUGUUAGAAGAUCAUACUUCGUAGUUUUUUACUCCCUGUCAAUAAUAGAUCUAUCAAAUCUCCACCUUUGUCUUUUUUUUUCUAUUGUAUAGUAGAUGUCACAGGAAAUGAAUUCCGCAGCACAAUAUCCAUCCAAAAAAAUACAUAAACAUUUUAGAAAUUACUCAGAUAUUUAGCCUCUGGCAAGACAUACAUAUAUGAUGGUAGUAAUGUUUUAUUUGAUAUGUUAAGCUAAAUUUAUAUGCAUAAGCUUUUCAUCUCUACCCAGUGGAAAAUUUUAAGCUCAUGUAAUAUAGAAGUAAAUUUGAUUUGUGAGAUGGGAAUUUUUGAGAAAAAAAAGUCUAGUUGUGUAGAGUAAAGCUAUUGAAUUUUAAUAUAUAAUGAAUAGCUCUAUUUAGGAAGACUAUAAGUUAUAGUGCAUUGUCUCUAUGAUUUAUGGAAAGCUGACUUCCCCUUGUACAUAUAAAAGGGCUUGAGGCAGUCUUUUGCCUGGCAUAAGAGUUACACUUGAAGAAAGCAAAUGUUAUCAUGACAUUAUAACCGACCAUAGAUUUUUGAAACAAUACCAAUGAUGCUUUUCAAAUACAUUAUUUUUAAAUUUUGAUUUCAUGAUCACAUUUUUAUAUAGGUGUUAUAAUGAUUUCCAUAUUAACUUAACUAUACACAGACAAGUACUGGAGAAACUUCUGCAGAAAAGAACCAUAGAACAGAGGACCCACUGAAGGAGCAUUUCGCACUGGUCCUGAAUGGAUUCUGUUUGGAAUUCCCUGAUGCCUUCAAAUUCCCCAUAUCCAAAGAUGUUUGCUUUUUUUUUUUCUUCUUUUUCUUUUAGUAUUCAUGUGCUCAUUGCUUUCUGUCUCCCACUUUUGAAUUUGUUAAAAGAAAAUAAAUAAAAUAAAUUAUAGGUUUAGUUCAUAAGGUGUUCAAGUGCCACUGUAGAGGAUGUCAUUUUGAGGAAAGAAGUUCUGGAUAACUUAAGCUCUCUGUCUUCAAAGUAAUCUUUUGCUUGUGUUUGAUGGAAGUAACUUUUAUUUUUCUUUGAUUCUGUAAUAUUUUGAGAAGGAUAGUUUUCUUUACAUCUGGUUUAUAAUAAUCUUUAUAUUCAUUGCUUUUAGGUUUGUAAAGCAAAAGAAAGGAAAGAAUGAAUGUGAUAAAAGUACGAGUGACAUGGCAUCUUAGAUGAAUAUAUUGGUGCAUAAUGUACAUAUCAGACUCUUUUCUAUUUGAUAAUUAUAUCAUUUAAGGACUUCAACAGGCUCACUGUGUCAUGUAAACAGCAGCUAAGUUGAACAUCAUAAAUCCAGCAAAACUACAGUGGUACGAGGAAGUCAUAAACGUUACUCAGUUUACGUUUGCAGUCUGUGACCUGUGUCUGCAGUGCUUCACAGACUGCAUCCCUCACUCAUGAGUAAUAGUGAGGAUCCUACUCUAAUACUGAUGAUUGUUUUUAAUUUAUUGUUAUAUUAUACUGUUAUAUUGUGGAAGUUUUAGAAAAUACAAUUUUUGUGGUUUGUUUAAAAAAAAAAAAAAUUUUUUUUUGCUUUUUUGUGCGUGUGACAUGUUUGUAUUUUGCUUUUAUGACACAUUUUUUUAGGUGUCACUUCUUGAAAAUAAUGCCGUACUGUACUUUGAAAAAAAAAAAAAAAUCAACCGGUGAGUGCUAAGCAGAAUAAUAUCCAUGGGACCACUCGAAGAUGAGCAUGAAUAUGUUAGUCAUCGUUUCUUUUGUAUUAAAUAUAAAGGACCAGUAUCUUUUUUUUUUGCAUGGAAUUAUUAUUGAUGCUGUUAUUGUUCAUCUUUUUUUUUUUACUUUCAUAACAGCUGGUAAAUGGAACAGGGAAUUUCACAUGUAUUUAACACUUGCUUGAGUCAUCAUUUAAUUGUCUGAAUGGAGGUAUAUGGAGCUUGUUGUGAAUGGACUGUGUAUUUGAUUUGCAGGUUGUCCUGAACUGGCUUCCAAUCUUUUUUUUUUCCUAAUUGAGAUUUUGUUUAGAUAUUUUUUUAUAACAAUAUAAAAUGCAGGUAGACAACGAGUAAGGAAAGUUUGAAUAAUCAUAAGAGAGAAGGAGUUCAUAAAGUUUUUGAUGUCAACUUCAUAUGGGAUUUCAGAGUAAAUGUUAUAACUUGUAAAUGUCAAAUUUUCAUGCUUAUUGAAAAUCAUGAUUUUGCAGCUGGCAUCCAUUGCAGAGUGCAAUAUGUACCCUCCAUCUAUAGAUCUGCCUACUCAUCACCUUAUUCUGCAAGAUGAUGUUAUUACAUGUGGUUUGUACUUGUGUAAACUGCUGGAACCACUAGCAAGGUGUGCAACUUUGAUAAUGCAUAACCUCUGUAGGUAGUAUGUGUACAUACAUUUUCUAUGUGUCCCUUGUCUACUGUAAAUGUUUAUCAAAAUAUUUGUUUUCAUUUGUCAUCACUUUUAUAGAUAACUGAUUGCAAAAAUUCAAUAAAAAUAUGACAGCUUACA